GCACAUACAUACUGCGCACGCAGCAAUACUCGAGGAACGAACGGAUCACACGUCUAGCGUUGGUUGGAGCACACACCAUUUACACUGCCAAAACAGUCACCUAUAAACCCUAUAAAGGCUUGCUGUGUGGGCUCAGGAAGCAACUCGCCUUGGGCGUUCUAGCCUUCAAAUGACUUUCCCGACCCCCGUUGGAGGUACUCCGCUACCAGUCGAUUUUGCACCAUCGGUCCUCUUCGCUGUUCUGUAUGGCAUUCUCGCUCCCUUUGCCAUUUUCCGUUUCUUGCAGAGGAGGACCAGAACCACACUAUUGAUCAGCACAUUGGCAUUUGCUAUCGAAAGGAUCGUCAUUUUCUCGUUGCGCGCGGUGCAGGCACGUAAUGAGUCACGUAGGAUGUCAAAAGGAUUGGCAACAUACCUGCAAAUCAGUUUUGGAAUGGGAUUCGUUGGCAUUGCAAACGACCUGGUCAAACUUCUAAGGUGUCUUCUCGUCAAUUCAACAUAUGGGUCAGAAACAUAUGGCCAAUCUGCCGCGGCGGCUACUAAAGAGUGCUACAUUCCUAAACCCCCGGAGGGUACUCCCGAUAACCCACGUCAGCGCUUUUGGGCACGCCGGUUCUCUGAUUUCUCCAACUUGGCAUUUCUUUCGGCCACCGUUCCUGGGAUUGUCGCGAACGUAAAUUACGGGAACCUUAUACUCAAUGAACACCAACGCGAUGCCGACAGGACAGCUAGACUUAGUUCCUGA